AUGCCGCCACGAAAAAUCGCAUCAACAAAAUUGGCGAAAUCGAAGCAGAGUAAUGCAAAUUAUGUGUUUCUGCAGAAUCGAUUGGACACUUUUAAACGAUUCAAGUUUGAUAGUGAUCACAGUGCGACGUGUACAUCGGAAAAACUAGCCAAAGCCGGAUUUAUAUCAACCGCUUCUCCAAGCUCACCAACCACAGCAAAAUGCGCAUUCUGCUGCAAGGAGCUCGAAUUUGAUCCCACUGAUGAUCCAUGGGAGGAGCACGUGAAACGCGGAAAAGACUGCAUAUUUGUGCAAUUCGGCCAAAUCGACGAGUCCGAUUACACCAUUGAGCAAUUUCUACAAUUAAACGUCGCUGAUAAUAUUAACAAGGGGUAUGACGAUUUGAUUGAGUUGGCUCGGGAAACGACGAAAAAAGCGAAGAAGGCUGUCGUUGUCUAA